AACCGACGAAUUGUUUAAUGGGAUGUCUGUCAUUUUUUAGUCAGGAUUUUUGUUUACAAACAAAUUAACUCGCAUAAAAGAAAGUUUUCUUUAUAAAUUACAUAAAAGAAAGAAGUUUGGCAUAAAACAAAUUGGUGCAUUGUGUUCAUUGGUGUUUAAUGUUGCUUGUGCAGAAGGAAAAUUAAUUUGUCAUUGAAAAUUAAAGAAGGAAAAACAUUGAAAAGAUGAGCUGUUGUAUUUUAGGAUGCAAAAAUAAUAUGAAAAUUCACAAAGAAUUAUCAUUUCACAUUUUCCCACAUCCCGAACGGGAACCUUUUCGAUACUCACAGUGGGUAGAAGCCACACGGAAUCCCAAACUCAAGGGAUUACCGGCAAAAGUUGUUUAUGCACGCUACAGGAUUUGUCGGAGGCAUUUUGAAGCCUGGUGCUUCAAUGGAUCCUGCAAGAGAUUAAUGAAGAAUGCCGUGCCAACGCUCUUUCUGACCAAGGACGAUGUGCAGGAGGAGCAAAUGAUCGUUUCAGGAAAUACGAAGGAAACCACGAAGAAUCUCUUUGGGCAUGAAAAGAUGGAUUUAGAUCAUGGUAAUGAUGUCCAGGAAGAGGAUAAGGUGCUGGAGAUUGACUACAAAGAUGAGAUUGAAGAUGAAAAUCAGGAUGACUUUAUCACGAUUAUUUCCAUGGAAGAUCAUCUCAGUUCAAGUCCAGAAAUUCAAUCUUCCACCAAAACUUCCACAUAUCCUUGUCAGGAAAGACAGGAAGAAGAUGAAAAUUACUGUUCUUAUUUGUAUGAAGUCACAGAGGAUCCUUUACUUCCUGUCCCAAUCUCGGAGGAAACGUGCGUAGGGUGGCGCGAUGAGUUCUACAAAUGCCCAAAGAAUAUCCUCGCCCAGAAUGUGUGUACCCGGUAUGAUCCCUUCGAUGUGUCGCUGUCCAAACGUACCCUGGCGACCAUUCAUCAUGUGUUCACGCACAAGGUGGAGAAUGAGGGGAAACCGGUGACGAAUCAGAAGAGUUCCGGACGUUGCUGGAACUUUGCCACUCUCAACACGAUCCGAAUUCCCUUCAUGAAGGCCUUCAAUCUCGAUGAGUUUGAAUUCUCUCAAUCGCACUUCUUCUAUUGGGACAAAAUUGAGCGUUGCAACUACUUCCUCAAUAAUAUCGUGGAGACAGCUCAUCGUGGGGAAGACAUAAAUGGGCGUCUUGUCUCCUUUCUCCUUUCGGAUCCCAUUUGUGAUGGUGGUCAAUGGGAUAUGGCGGUGAAUCUCAUCAAUAAGUAUGGGCUAAUGCCGAAAAAGUGCUUCCCCGAGAGUUUUAGUUCCGAAGCAAGUGGGAAGAUGAAUGCUGUGCUCAAGAGUAAGUUACGGCAGUAUGCCAAGGAGUUGAGGGAUCUCGUGAAGAGUGGGCAGAGUGACAAAGAAGUUCAGCAGAUGAUUCAGCACCAAAUGAAGGAGAUUUACAAUGUUGUUGGCAUUUGCCUUGGGAUCCCAGCGGAAACAUUCACCUGGGAAUUCUAUGAUAAAUCCAAGGUGUACCAUAAGAUUGGACCAAUAACAUCACGAGCCUUCUACGAGGAGCACGUAAAGCCCAUCUUCAAUGUGGACGACAAGGUGUGCCUUGUCACUGAUCCACGUCCCACCAAUCCCUAUGGGCAGGUGUACACGGUUGAUUGUCUGGGUAAUGUUGUAGGUGGACGUCCCGUGUUGUAUAACAAUCAACCUGUGGAAUUGCUCAUUGAACUCGUGACCAAUAGCAUCAAGAAUGGGGAUCCCGUUUGGUUUGGUUGCGAAGUUUCCAAGAGAUUUGCAGGUGCUCAGGGAAUUGAGGAUUUAGAUGUCCACGAUUUUAACGUGGUUUUCGGUGUGGACAUUCAGGUAACUCUCAAUAAAGCCGAUCGUUUGCUGUACGGUGAAUCUGCAAUGACUCACGCAAUGACCUUUACAGGAGUAUCUGUUGAUGAAAAGGGCGUAACUACGAAGUUUCGCGUUGAAAACUCCUGGGGCGAUGAUCGUGGGGAGAAGGGUUAUCUAAUGAUGACCGCUGAAUGGUUCAAGGAGUUUGUCUUUGAAGUUGUUGUGGACAAGACAUUGGUUCCUCCGGAGGUUCUCAAAGUAUUCGAUAUGAAACCCAUUGUUCUACCAGCAUGGGAUCCAAUGGGAAAUUUGGCAACAAACUAAAUAAAUUCCUGUGGCCCCAUCACCUGCAUUUUCUGCCAUAUUUUACUUUUAGCAUAUUAUAAAGAAAAUUGAAAAAGAAAAUUUGAAUACAGACUUUUUUGUGGUGAGAA